AUGUCGAAACACGCUCUGCGCCCUCGGGCAGAUAUAUGCCAUUUCUGCGACUUUCUGCUUGCUCGGCCAACGAGAGCAGCCCGACCCAGACUGCGAAACUCAACUUCUAGAUCCAAUAAUACGACCACACGACUCUUCUCCGCUCGACACCCAAAUUUUCAAGGUGUCAAGAGAUCCACACCAACCUCGGCAGCGUUGAAGGGCAGACCAUUCAAUUCACACAAUGCUGGACAACCUGGGCGACAGUAUGUUCGUGACACUUCUUCACUAUCAGCGCUUCCGCCAUUGGAGCAAGCCUUUGAGGAUGUAGUUGUCCAGUACAAGUCUCUACUAUCUACGCCUGAAGUACCUUCAGAAGGUCAAGUCAACAGUUUUCUAGCGUCCUGCGAAAGAGUCGCGGAUCUGUUGGUUGCCGAGCGAUCUCCAAAUCCAUUAAAAAAGAAGGAAAAUAAGGAUCUCGCGGCAUCUGCUCUACUCAAACUGGAUGAUCCCGCAGAAGUAGAAACUCCGUUUUCAAGACCACCAGCAGCACUACAACGCAUGCAGGAUGAACUAUCAAAAAUGGCAGACGAGGUUAUCUCGCAUCCUCCCGUCUUCAUAUCGCCACAGGCUUUGGAAAUGUACGUUUAUGUACAAGCGACUUUGAAGAAGCCGGAAUUCCUCGCUAAAGCCUUUUAUUUAUAUGCGAACAAACCAAUAGCCCAAGAAGGUUCAUCUCCCAUCAAAUACAAGGAACAAAAUCCAGAUAAAGUCUCCAAUGCUGUGCCCAAACCGGUUGCAGAUCGGGCUCUUGAGGCUGCCAUUGACGCCAAUGACUUGGAUGCUGCAAUGGACUUGGUUGCGUUUUCAUAUGCUACGAAAGCAUUCCGCCGUGCCAAAUUCAUACGAUUGGGCCUUGUCCCCGCAAUUGGCGUCGUUGUAGCUCCCGUUUCUGCUUAUGCAGUUGCAUCUCAAUUAGCGCAUCUACAGACCACAAUGGAAACUGGCAUGGCUACAAAUGUUGCGUUUACUGGAUUAGUCGCAUAUCUUGGCUUUACUGCUACGAUUGGUAUAGUGGCCCUGACCACAGCUAAUGAUCAAAUGGACCGUGUCACGUGGACACCGGGUCUUCCGCUAAGAGAACGAUGGAUUCGAGAAGAUGAAAGAGCUGCAAUUGACAGAAUUGCCGGUGCGUGGGGUUUCCGUGAGAUUUGGAAAAGAGGGGAGGAGGAAGGUGAAGAAUGGGAUACUUUGCGGGAGUGGAUUGGAUUGAAAGGGAUGAUUCUCGAUCGCACAGAGCUCAUGGAAGGGAUGGAGUAA